AUGCGCUGCAGGAGUCCCUUAACCGCAUGGCGUGAGAUCCUGUUGAGGCAACUGUCUCGAUAUGCGUGGCUAAAGUGGCUUUCCGCUAAGCGUUACCUCCAGCAAGUGGACUGGCUGGUAGUAGUGGAUCCUGACAUGUUUCCCACUCCAGGAUGCGGUAUGGAGCUCCCAGUCGUGGAGAUGUACAAAAACAUCUGCAGUUUCGCUGCUGAAUGCAGCGUGAUAUCCAACGAUAUGUGGCCACGAGAUUGGGUUGCUGAAAGCGAGAAGCGCAAGGUUGCAGGAUACGUAGCUGGUGGUCAGGACAAGAACGCAGGAUUCACCAUGAUCCGCAAUGACGAGUUAGGGCGACUCUUCUUGGAGCUCGUGCUGGCGGGGUUGAGAGUGCAAUUCAAGGACCGUAGGUUGAACGGUAAUAACGUUUCGAUCGCUGCGAGGACCGGAGGUGGUGGUUUGGCCUCGGAAUGCCUGACCAGGUGCGCUAGGGUUUUGGGGCAAGCAACCUGA